GCCCAGCGAGGAAGCAGCAGGCUUUCAAGCCGGUGCGUUGCAGCAGCAGCCCUUGCCUGAGCGAAGCGCGACCUCGCCAUGUCUGGGGCGCCGGAGAUCAUGGAAUCGCAGGUGAUGUGGGAGCCGGACUCCAAGCGCAACACCAAUAUGGACCAGUUCCGGGCGGCGGUAGCUGCUGCUUACGGGAUUCCCCUGGCCAACUACAAUGAAUUGUACCAUUGGUCGGUGAAUCACUAUGCAGAUUUCUGGGCAGAAUUUUGGAAGUUUAGUGGGAUUGUCUUCUCCCGCCUUUAUGAUGAGGUGAUUGACCCUUCCAAGGGCAUUGCAGAUGUUCCAGAGUGGUUUAAAGGCAGCAGGUUGAACUAUGCAGAAAACCUCUUAAAGCACAAAGAAAACGAUAAAAUUGCGCUCUAUGCUGCACAGGAAGGCAAGGAGGAGAUCGUGAAGGUGACUUUUGAAGAGCUGAGGCAGCAGGUCGCUCUCUUCGCAGCAGCCAUGAGGAAGAUGGGUGUGCAAACCGGAGACAGAGUUGUCGGCUACUUGCCCAACGGCAUCCAUGCGGUAGAAGCAAUGUUGGCCGCAGCGAGCAUUGGCGCCAUCUGGAGCGCAACGUCGCCGGACUUUGGCAUCAACGGUGUGCUGGACAGAUUUUCCCAAAUUCAGCCCAAGUUGAUCUUUUCUGUUGAAGCUGUCAUUUACAACGGGAAAAAACACAAUCACUUGGAAAAGCUUCAGAACGUCGUAAAGGGACUCCCAGAUCUAAAAAAAGUUGUGGUGAUCCCAUACGUUUCCUUGAGAGAAUCUAUAGACAUUUCCAAAAUUUCACACAGCGUCUUUCUAGAAGACUUUCUUGCAGCGGGGAAGGGAGAUCAAGCCCCGCAGCUAGAGUUCGAACAGCUUCCUUUCAGCCAUCCUCUUUUCAUCAUGUAUUCAUCUGGCACAACAGGAGCUCCAAAAUGCAUGGUUCACUCCGCAGGGGGGACAUUAAUUCAGCAUUUGAAAGAGCACCUCCUCCAUGGUAACAUGUCCAGCAGUGACAACAUCAUGUACUACACAACAACUGGUUGGAUGAUGUGGAACUGGCUGGUUUCUGCUCUCGCUGUUGGUGCAUCUGUGGUUCUGUAUGACGGAUCGCCGCUCGUUCCAUCCCCCAAUGUCCUCUGGGAUUUGGUUGACCGACUAGGUAUCACCAUCCUUGGGACAGGUGCCAAAUGGCUGGCGGUGCUGGAAGAGAAGAACCUUAAACCAUGUGAAACUCAUAACCUCCAAACGCUCCACACCAUCCUGUCAACUGGCUCACCCCUCAAGCCUCAAAGUUACGAGUACGUCUACAAGCACAUAAAGAGCAGCGUUCUGCUGGGAUCCAUAUCAGGAGGCACAGAUAUAGUUUCCUGCUUUAUGGGUCAGAAUGUGUCCAUUCCGGUUUACAAAGGCGAGAUCCAGGCACGGAAUCUGGGAAUGGCAGUGGAAGCCUGGAAUGAUGAAGGCAAGCCCGUUUUGGGGGAAAGCGGAGAGCUGGUCUGCACCAAACCCAUGCCCUGCCAGCCAACGCACUUUUGGAAUGACGAGAAUGGAAACAAGUACAGAAAGGCUUAUUUCUCAAGAUUUCCAGGUGUCUGGGCUCACGGCGACUAUUGCAAGAUCAACCCCAAGACAGGAGGCAUCGUCAUGCUUGGCCGCAGUGAUGGCACACUGAAUCCAAGUGGUGUGAGGUUUGGGAGUUCUGAGAUCUAUAACAUAGUGGAAGCUUUUGAGGAGGUUUCGGACAGCCUCUGCGUCCCUCAGUACAACAAAGAUGGCGAAGAAAGGGUGAUCCUUUUCCUAAAGAUGGCCACCAACCAGGAGUUCAGCCCAGAUUUGGUGAAACGCAUCAGGGAGGCGAUCCGCGUCGCACUCUCUGCCCGACAUGUGCCCAGCCUCAUUCUGGAAACUGAAGGCAUUCCGUACACAAUAAAUGGGAAGAAAGUUGAAGUUGCUGUCAAACACGUUAUCGCCGGGAAGGAAGUGGCUCAGCGGGGCAUCUUCUCCAAUCCAGAGACCCUGGACCUUUACCGAGACAUUCCUGAGCUCCAGAACUUCUGAAGGAACUUGCCUUUCCCCCAUCUCUGUGUUUGUGUGUGCGCGUGUGUGCGUGUAUGGUUUUGUACUGUGUAUAUAAUAUGUAUAUGGACGCUGUAUGCAAAAGAAACUAUUUAAGCAAUGGUGUUUCUUUUGAAAAAGGAGAAACACCGUUUUGAUUUGCCAAGUGCUUCGUGAAAAGGCUUCUGGAAGGGCAGCCCUGCAAAUUUUGGUGUAUCGGCGUUGCUUUCCUUCCAGCCUAGAAGAUCUAGCUUGCCUCUUUUUAGAUGCAGCUGGGUACAGAGGCUUUUUAAAUGAUCCACACUAAAAAAAUGUGUCUUCUGGUUUGAAUUUUAUCUUUUAAAAUCGAGGCAAUAGGGUGGUAGGCAUAUAUACCAUUUGAUUAUUUUUGGAGGUGGGGCACCUGUUUCCCCCGAGAUGCUAUUGGACUCCAACUCCCAUCAGCCUCAACCAGCAUGGCUAAUUGUCAGGGAUUAUAGGAAUAUAGGAAUUGUAGUUCAGCAGCAUCUGGAGGGCUGCAUGUUCUCAUUCCUGGUUAUGGUUUAAAACUGCUCAAGAUUCUAGGAAACUACUGAUGGCUUUUCAGUGGGAAGACUAGAAGACUGUGGGCAUGUUUCUCAUGCUUGCCACUGUUCUUCACUUGAGGUUUUUUAGGCAAUGGGGAUGUUGAGUGUGAUAGAAAGAGUGCAUUCUCAGUGGUGAUAGUGCCCAGUAGGCUUAGAUAGCAGCAUUCUGAAGAACUGGGGGUGUUUUCCUUAGACCACAUCCCCCAAUCCUCAACAGGAGACAGGGGAUUGAUCUGUCACUGACAAUUGCAUGUGGGAAGAUUUCCCAGAUGCAAGGAAGUGUUCACAACAGCUGGAUUCACUUUAUUUUUACUUAUUCUUUUUUAAAUAAAGAGAUUGACUUCUGGGUCUGUGUUUAAAACUUUUUUUAUUUUUUAGAAAUACCUCUUUUUAAGAUUAGCUUUUAAGACUACUUUUGGACUACUGCUUCCAUCGGAACCAGCCAGAAAAACACCUGGAGGGCACCAGUUUGGCAAAGUCUGUUUUGGAACAGAGCACAGAUUUGCUGCCACUGUUUGAAAUAAUACUUGACUUUCCUGCUAAAAUAUGAAAGGUUGCAGCCCUCAUUUAGACACAUCUUGCAACCAGUGGAACCGGCUAGCAGUGACUAGCAGAUAGUUCCAUCAGUUCCCCGGGACUUUGGGUUGGCACCAGGAUUUCAAUGCCUCAUCUUCCCAGCCCUCAAACAAUCUAAUUUGGAGAAAGGGGAGAUGCUGGAAUUAGAAGCAUGACUAUGCACUUAGUUUCCUGAAACAGUUUUCCUGGUUUAAAAUUUUAUACAGAUCUGAAGAAAGCAGGUCAAUGUGAUUUUCAUGCACAACCCAUUGUGGAUCCUGAGCAUGGAAGUAAACGGCAAAGUCACUAAUCUUUUACAUCCCCAUUUUUAACUGUGUGUGGGCUAAAGGAGGACAUUGUCACCAGUGAAGGUCAGUGUGGUGCUCUCUGGAUGCUGAUGGAUGCCAGCUCCCCUCAGCCCAGCCUGCGUAGCCCAGUGGUCAAGGGUGAUGAGCCCUGUGGUCCUUGCAACAUCUGGAGGGCAUCACAUUGGCUCUUGAACCUUUUCUUCCACACUGCCAACAGCAAUGGUAGCUUUGGCAGAACACAUCCCAUAGAGACUUUGGAUACUUAGCCCCCAUUUGCCUCUGUUGGUUUACAAGUAGGGCCCAGGAAAUUGGGUGUGUAAGCAGGAGAGUGCUGGCAGAACCUCUCUUCCAUUAGCUGCCGGUGGACUUGGAAAGGAAGCUUGAGAGCCCUUUAUCUUAAAACCAGGUCACAACCACACCAUCUGUUUAAAUCUCAUGGCUUCCCCCAAAGAAUUCUGGGAACUGUAGCUUUGCAGGGGGAGUAUGUGAAUGCUCCUGGGAUUACUUGCGCUGGAGAGAAGCCAUGAGCUUUAAAUGGUUGUGACCUUGGCUUUCGUGGGAGAAAACGGGAGAAGAGAAAAAUAGGUGUGGAGAGUCCAUGAGAUUACGGCUUAACACCAGGGCCAGAAGAGAAGCCCUUUCGUGGGCUGGAUUGAGUAUACAGGCUGCCGGCUGCCUAUCCUGUGUCCCAGAAACUCCCAAGACCUUUGUGUUUGGUGGCCAAUAUGAGUAACUUCCUUUCUUUAAAAUAAUAACCCUACCGUGUGAUCUUUUGGGGGCGUGAGGGGCGAGGUGGAAGGAACUGUUUCUUGGUGCUUUGUAAAGGGAUUUCCCCCCUAAUAAAACAAAUUGUUACUUGUGUAUGGAAAACAACUAAACAGAUUUUUUAUGGUCCAUUGUGUUUUUCAUAAUGGAAGAUGUAGUUGUGUGAACUCGGCAAGAAAGAAAGGUUUGGUGCUUCAAAAACUCCUGUGUUAUUUGGAAUGAUUGGUGAACAAAUUCUGUCUUGGAUCCCUCCCCCCUUUUUAAAAUCACGUUCAGUGAUCUCAGUGAUGCUUUAAGGAAUUUAAACUUAAUAAAACUGCAGAAUAAAUUCUCA